AUGAGCUCCCCCUCCCAUACCCCUAAUCCAUCCCCGACCCAGUCCCCAUCCCAGUCCCGGUCUAACCACGCUGACAAUUCAACCAACCAGCAGCCCCUCCCGAGCUCUGGAGGCGCCGCCCCCUCCCCCUCCCCUUCCCCCACCCGAGGGGGGACUCCCACCCGCCAAACAUCUCAUAACCCCACCCCAGUGCCCUCUCAGCCGUCCUCCCGGGCUUCCUCCCAAUCUCCAAGUCCUCAUAUUCAACAUGUGCCGCGAGGGUCUACUCAAGUCCCUACUCCUCCAGCCUCCAAAUCUCCCUCCCAGACUGGAUUAAAAUCCCUCUCUCGAAACCCUUCCCUGAUACCCUCCAAGUCCCCUUCCCAUAGCCCUGUCAACUCGGCCUCCUACAUCGGGCCCCGGGCCAUCCCCUCCUACAUUGCCCCCUAUGUGCCACGUUUCAUGAAAGAGACCCCCUAUUUCCAGCCCCCGACAGCACCUCUUCCUUACAAUCGGUGCUUUCCCUGUCCCUUUCCAUGCCAGGCCCAGGAAACCAGGCAGCCCCCGCCCCCGCCCCCUGACUCCAUCUACUUCCCCCUCCUGCCACCGCCCCCUCACGUUCCCCAGGUGCACUGCUCCUUCCCCACCCCUCCGUCCCUGUUCAUCCCCCCGUCCUCCCUCUCCUACACGCCACCGACGGAGGUCCUGCUGAAGGGGAAGCCGCACGUGGUGCCGUCGGUGCUGCCAGCCACCUUCUAUACCCCGUUCUCCCGCUUCUACUCCCAGCCCCGGCCCUACCGCUACCACAGGCGCUUAACCCUCCCUUCGCUCUCCUUUCAAUACGAUGGUGCUGGACGCUCUGUCCACUUCUAUCGUGGGACCUAG